GCGCCUCUCUUCAAUCCCAAGUGGUAUCAAUGUUGUCUGGCAAUGGUGUGUAAGGAGAACGUGGUAUCAUGGUUUGGAAAUCUGUCCAGUUAUAAGCGCAUAGAUGUGAUGUGCACGUUGUUAAACAUGUGCCUGCCGUUUGAAGUACGGUAUUUGGGUACUUGUGUGGAGGAUUUAGGUAAGCGAGACUAUAAUGUCUUGCGUGACACAGAGCACCGUGCCAAUAAUGUUUCCGACUUGACCGAGUUAACAAAUCUCGGCAUGACUGACAAGCGCACGAGGCGAAUACUAGCUUUGUACAUGGCGCUGCUACACUCCUGUAAUUACUCCUGUGCAGUGGUCCUGUAUAAAAGUCUGUCAAACUUUGACUUUCAAGAGAUAAGUAGUUUGCUGAAUGGGACCAAUUAUACACAGGAUGAUCAACCUUUGGAAGAGCUAUUACUGCUUUACACAAUGGCUCUUAAUCAUCCAGCCUUUAAUUAUGAGCAGAAAAGCACGUUCGGCAAUAUCUUUCUUAAAUUACAGAAGGAAGAAACUCGCUUGAACAUUCCUAAGUCCGGACCUGUACCUUUUAAAUCUACACAAAGCUGCAUACCUUGCAUAAAUCAAAAUGAUAGAAUGGAUCCAGAAAUUUCUUCUAAUUGUGUUGUACCACCUCCACCAAUGCAAGCAUUUCAAGGCGAAAUGCCGAUGCGGGGUAAUACGAUGAUCACAGGAGUACCGCCGGGCCUCGGUAUGCCUCCUCCGGGACUUUGCAUGCCUGGUCCCGAGCAAAUGGCGAUGCACGGGACAGGCCACCCGCAAUAUGUGCACGUUGGUUUCCCUUCGGUCAAUCACAUGCCACCUUGGCCAGGUCAACUGAUGAUGGCUCACAAUCAAUUUGUGUAUCAUCCGAGCGAUGUUUUACCUUAUCCCACUUCUCCCUUAGUCAGCCGACAAUCCUCGCCCUCACAGUCUCAGUCCCAUAGUAGGAGCAAUUCCCCCACCGGUCCCUUGCACCGUAAGCCUAAUAAUAACAACAAUAAUAUCAAUAAUAACGGCAGCAACAGCAUUAAUAGCGGACUUCAGCAGCAGCCGCGAACCUCCUGUCAAGUCACCCAGACAACCUCAAAUACGAUGACUACAUCAACUUCGACAUCUAGUAGUCAGACGAAUAUCACCAGUUCCACGACUCUGAGUUCUGCAAUGUCGUUACCUCCGCUCUCGUCAAUGGGCACAAAUAGGAAUCUUUCAGGGCAAUCGCAACAGUCUCAAAAUCAAACAUUGCCACCGCUUUUAUCAUCUAGGCCACUCGCUCCUAUGAGCAAUGUUGCGUCUUACAACAGACAUAAUAACGUGGAUUCGACAUCGACAACGACGUCGUCCAAACAACAACAGCCACCACCACCGCCACGAUUGAAGUCCUCAGUACCUGGUGACUCGCUUCGCGAGAUGGCCAACAAGGAGAUGCCCAACUUCAAGGGAAACUUUCAGAACUGUUCUAGCAACGAGAUUAGGAGACUGAGUGAUGAAGAUAUAUCGAAAGUCGAUAUGACAUCAAACGUACUGAAUAAUAUGAAGACACAAGCAACAAAUGGUUUAAAUCAAACUCCCGAAAAGAAGCUUGAUGUCCUCAAUAAUAUGCAUUCAACGAAUGAAUCUAUCGAUAAUGAGCUUUCGCAAAUGGAAAAUAUUAUAAGCGAUAAUUCAAAUGCGAAACCAGCUACGAUACCAGAGCAAGGAAUGAUGAAUUAUCAUCAUCAAAAUCACACAGCGAUGGCAAACAUGAGACGGUAUCCACCGCCGCUAGAUCCUGCACAUAUGCAAAUGUUUCCGGGGCCACCCGCUAUAUAUCCUACCCAAAAUGCAUGCUAUGGCUGUCUUACCACGGUUCCAAUGGCUGGAAUUCAAAAUCGAUUUUCAAGGUGUAACGGUCCACAAGUCUACUGUCUGACGCAGUUGCAAGCUCUUCGACUUGAUCCGGAAAAUAGUAGGCAUUGCUCCCAAAGCAGCAGUUCCGAUAGCACCGGAAGCCGCUCGCCACCGGAGACACCACCCGCUGUCCCAUGGCUUAGCAAUGAUAACGGAUCCGUGAACAACGACCAGCAACAGCAGCCACACCCGGGUGGUGGACCACCACCCCUCCAUUCCAUACCUUCGACGCACUCCGUCCUUCCACAGCAGCAACAGCAACAACAACCUCCACCACCAUCGAAUCAAGAGAGGCAUCGUGCGCGCAAAAGUCAAGCGCACAUGAUGCGGCAUAAGAACCAUUCGUCUGGCAUGAUGAACGGUGUUACUCCACCCCAAGUCCCGCCUACGAGCCUUCAGCCGUGCAUGAGCUUCCCUGCGCCACCUGGGCACACGCCGAUGACGGCCUACCUGCCGCAUCACGCUCACUUUCCGGCUCUGCGACCUACCACUGGUAUUUAUUCAAAUUUCACGCACGCCUACGCCAGGCCAGCGCCCGCCGGCUAUCCUACUCCAGCCUAUCAACCCAACGGCGAGAUGAUGUAUCAGUAUCCCGGACAUCCUCCACCAGGCAGUAGCAACUCAGUCGCGACGGCCACUGGAACGCCACCACCGCCGGCUGCGGCAGUAGCAGCAGCCGCCGCUGCCGCGGCCGUCCAGAGCACGCCCAGCCAAGUCCAGCAGCAACAGCAGCAGCAACAGCAGCAGCAGCAACAGCAACAGCAACAGCAACAGCAACAGCAACAGCACUAUGUGCCGGCCGCUCCCGUGGUUACGUAUGCUCCGGUCAACACCACACCUUCCAAGGUUUCGUGCUAUAACUGCGGCAGCAACAACCACAUGGCGCCGGACUGCAAGGAGCAGACGAUGGAGGACAUUACGAGAGGAGCCCAGUAUCGGUUGGACUACGCGACAAUGAAUCAGUCGGGAGGCGAGCAGUGCCAGAGCUCCGACAAGUGAUCCCCUGCCACGGACCACCCGAACGCACCCGAGCCGCACAUCAAGGCCGUCGCACAUGCCUCAUCGCACUCACACGCCAUCGCCAUACGCAUAAUCCUCAUCCUCGCCAUCAUCGUUGCUCCCUGCACUGGUAUAAUAACGAAGCGCCCAAGAGCGACUAUUUACAUAUAAUUGGGCGCUCGUGCGACUAAUUCGGACGGAUCGUGCCCGUCGUAUAAUAUAGCACCGCACACACACUUUCUUAUGGGCGCGGAACCCGUUUUUUUAUGAUUAUUAUGUAUUAUUACUAUCAAUGCUAUUCAGUUUUCCUCAUCUAUUCUUCAUUUUUACUUUUUC